AUGUCUAUGCGAAAAUUCUUCGAUUUCCAGAUUUUCAAGUAAUUUUGAAUAGUGUUGUGUUGUUGUUGGUCUUUCCAAAAAAUAUCCCUAAAAACCUGAAAUUAAUUUUAUUUUCAAAAUAAUAAUAUUUCCGUGCUUGCUUGUAGAUAAUAGUGGCUUGCUUAAGUUUUGUUUUUAUUUAAUCAUUAUCUUUGAAAACGAAACAAUAUUAUUGUUUCAGGAGUAUUUGGUUCCAACGACUUUUAUCGAUUUUCGAGAAAAAGUCGCGUAUAACUUCGACAGGACCAUCGAAAACUGUGACUGGGCAAAAUCCAGUGAAACCGGCGGCGACUUCGAAUAAUCCAGUUAUAAAACGAGAAAUGCAUUCGACACCAGCAAAAUUGGUGAGAUUUUGGGAGGGAAAAGAUAAAAAUGAAUGAAAAUUAGUGAAAAAUCGAUUUUUGAGUGAAAAUUCACCAGAAAAGUGAAUUUUUUCAUAGAAAAUCUUGAAAAUCAACCAAAACGUGUUGAAAAAUAUUGAAUUCAAGCUCCAAAUUCUGGUUUAGCUGAAAUUUCUCGAAAAUUCGAAAUUUUGUGAGAAAAAUCGAUUUUUGGGUGAAAAAUUUCGAAUUUUCAGCUGAAGAUUUGAAAAUUAAUCAAUAAUUGCUGAAAAACUCUGAAUUUCAUCACCAGAUUCUAAUUUAUUAUGAAAAAACACAGAAAUUUGAAUUUCAAUAGAAAAAAAAAUGAAAUUUGGCUCAGAAAAUGGAUUUUUCUUGAAUUUCGGCACUAAAAACCUGCCAAAUUCAAAAAUUCCAAAUUUUUCAGGCCUCCGUGCGUAUUCCACUCAUCAAAUUCAUCGGUGCUCGUUUACCCCGUCCACAUUAUGAUAGUUCAUCUCUUCCACCACUCGUUGUUACCGGCAAUUUUUCGGCUCCAAUCACUCAAUCAGCUUCAUCUUCUUCUUCAAUUGGACCAGUUGGAAAAAUUCCACGUGGACAAGGAAUCGAUUGGCAACAAUUACCAUUGAAUUUGAGAAGAAGUGUCAUUUCGGAAGAUGAAAUUGAGGCUGUUAAUGUGAGUUGGAAUUUUAUCGUGAAAUUAUGGUUGCCACGUGGAUUUUUGGCACUAAAAGUUAUUGAAUUUUUCGAAAAAUCUGCCACGUGGAUUUUAAAUUUCUCCAAAAUUAUUUUCUGAAAUUUUUAAAACAGUAAAUUUUUAGCUUCAAAAAAUUUUAGUAUUUUUUGAAACUCUGAAAUUAUUUUAGUGAAAAUCGAGAUUAAAUGAAUAAUUUGGAAAUUUUUUAUAAAAUUUGGGGGAUUUUUGAAACAGUGAAAAAAUGUAUAUAUUUUUUUUCACAAUAAGCUUUCAUCUCGAAAUUUAUAUCAAUUUACUGAAACACUGAAAUUUCCCACUCUCAACGAAAAUUCCCAAUUAUUUCUCAAAAAUCAACAUUUUUUGAAACAGUGAAAAUUUAUAAGGCUCAAUGAAAUUGAACAUGAACAUUAUUCAAAAUUAUCUUUCUGAUUCAUGGAGUUUUUGAAACAGUAAAUUUUACGCCUCAAAAUAUUUUUGAUUUUUUUGAAACUCUGAAAUCAUUUUACUGAUAAUCGAAGUUAAAUGAAUAAUUGGUAUAAAAUUUGGGGAAUUUUUGAAACAGUGGAAAUUUUUAAUAAAUAUUUUUUACACAAUAAGUUUUUACCAAAUCUCGAAAAUUUAUAUCAAUUUUCAAAAACAGUGAAAUUUUCCACUCUCAACGAAAAUUCCCAAUUAUUUCUCAAAAAUCAACAUUUUCUGAAACAGUGAAAUUUUGGUGAAAAUUUAUAAGGCUCAAUGAAAUUUAAAAGGAACGUUAGCCAAAAAUAUCAUUCUGAUUCAUGGAAUUUUUGAAACAGUGAAUUUUUAGCUUUAAAAAAUUUUAGAAUUUUUUGAAACUCUGAAAUUAUUUCACUGAUAAUCGGAGUUAAAUUAUUAAUUUUAAUAAUUGUUAUGAAAUUUGGGGAAUUUUUGAAACAGUGAAACAAUUAGAAUAUUUUUAUCACAAUAAGUUUUUAUCAAAUCUCGCAAUUUAUAUCAAUUUUCUAAAACAGUGAAAUUUUCAAGAAAUUUGAUUUUUGCAAGUUUUUUUGUUCUACGAAAAUUCCCAGUUUUUUUUCGAUUAUCACUAUUUUUUGAAACGAAAUUUUGAUGAAAAUUUAUAAGGGUCAAUGUAUUGUAAUUGGAACUUUAGUCAGAAAUAUAAUUCUGGUUCAUGGAUUUUUUGAAACAGUGAAAAAUAUUUUGAUCAAAAAAAUCCAAAUUGAAAACUCCAAACUCCAUAUUUUUCUUUUCAAAAAUCCCCCUUUUUUCCCGGAAACCGGAAAGAGACAAAGGUUACCAAGGGCAACUCGACACAAAUUUCUUGUUUUUAUUUUUCUUUUUUUGGGUUGGAAAUUUGCCACGUGGACUUUUGGCCCCAAAUUUUUUUGUUUCUUGAAAAAUUUCUUUUUUUUUUGCAGACUGGAUUCUCCUACAAACAAUAA